GCAAGUCGCGGCGCGGACUCAGUGGUGGCGAAUGUGCAAGCUGUAGUAAAUGAAUUGGCAAUGCUAAAGACGAGGUAUGUAUCUGAAUGUCUAUGAGCCUGUUCAGAAUGCUAAACUAUAUUUUGCUGAGUCUAGUUACGCUAAUCUUCAGAGUAGCUACCGCAAAGCGAAGGAAAGGAAUGAUGUGCUCGAAGGGGAGAACGCAAGACUUCAGCGAGAACUGGACGUCACGCGUCAAACCUUUCAAGUGACUGCAGUGAAGAUAGAGGAUGCAGCGCAGAGUGCUCGGGCAGCCGGGGUAUCCAAGUCUUACAUGGAAAUCAAAGAGGAGCUGAACGAUGUCUUGCACCAGAGAACAGUUGACAGGCUUGAGCAUGAGUCUGCAAUAGAUGCUCUGAGUGCACAACUCGAAAACGUAAAGGCGAAGCACAGCCUGGCGACGGCAAAGCAGCUUUCGGCUGUAGGCGCUUCAACGUCUAGAUCUUUCCCCGCCGCGAGCGCACUGCCCAGUAUUCAUCGGACCAAGCUCACGAAAUGCGCCACUCUAAGCGACGAGAGCACGCAGGCUGCUAAUUCUUCCUCCGACUCCGAGCCCAUCUCUAGUCUUGUGAGUUCCGCAAAGGUGAACCAGAACCGUGGUACCAGCUCGGCCCGGAUUCACAGCAGGGCAUACUCUUCCAUCUUGACACUGCGCACGAUUCAGGAACAAAUGAACUUGAAUCGCCAGAAUGAACUACGUAACGAACCGUCUUCCUCCGGCAUCGAAAAAAGAUGCAAUCCUAUCAUACGACAGCGCAAACGCUCGCUAGCUGACGAGCACACCGAAAGUCGGAAGAAGCUGAAGCAAUCCUGAGCACACAAAGGUAGUGCUGAUGAUAAAUGGCCCGUUGGGUUCUCAUUUUGAAAGUCUACAGAGGGCGCGCUCAUCCGUGCAAUGUCAUCAUGCAACACUGUCUAGCCUACUGCCGCGUAUCUCUCAGCGCUAUGUCGUCGCUAUCGUGCUAUGGUAUCCAAUCAUGUUGUGUACUGUCCCAUCGAGGUCAAUGAGGGCGAUUGAUCAGUGCAGCGAUGGAUUUGACUCUAUGAACGUAUUACUCC